AUGGCUGGUUUUAUUGAGAUCGUCCUCUCCCUCACUAUUGGCUACGGAUUUUGGAUUAUUGUCCCUGUCCUAUGGCGAUAUUACAAGUUCUGUCAACUGAUCAGACCAUUCAAGUCUUUGGAAAAGCCUCAUUGGUUCUGGGGACACCUAAAAACUAUGAAGUUUGCGGAGUCAAUUGUUGAUUUAUAUGCAUCACUAAUGGAAAAAGACACAGGAAAAAUGGCAGUUCAAUGGCUUUCUUUUAUACCAGUUGUAGAGGCUAUACAUCCGGACUCUGCCGCAAUAAUUCUGAAGUCGUCAGAACCAAAAGCAAAGAGCAGAGGCGAGCCAUAUAGCCUCUUUACACCAUUUCUAGGUGACGGUUUAGUUGUCAGCAGUGGAGCUAAAUGGGAACGGAACCGGAAAUUGCUAACACCUGCUUUUCAUUUUGAUGUUUUACGCUCGUAUGUAAAUAUAUACAAUGAAGCUGCGGACACCUUAUUGGACAAUCUUGCAAAACAAAUGUCUACCGGUCCGAAUAGCAUUGACGUCAUGGACGCGUUAAACCUGGUAACUUUAGAUAUCAUACUGAGGUGCUCGCUUUCUUACGAUGGAAAUAUUCAGAAUGAGAAACAACACCCUUAUAUUGCAGCAGUUCAUGGAAUGACGAGACUCACCAUGGAACGACUCAGGAAACCUUGGCACUUCCUAUGGUGGAAUCUCUAUAUGAUGUCUGAAAACGGCAAAGCGUACAUGAAAUAUGUCAAGUACAUGCACAGAUUUGCAGAUGAAAUUAUCGCCAAAAGAAAAUUGGAAAUAGCACAUGACCCAUCGUUACUUCAAAAGAAAAGGAAGUUGGACUUUCUUGAUAUAAUUGUAACAGCUAAAGAUGAAGAUGGAGAAGGAUUAUCAGAAGAGGAAAUACGUGAUGAGGUCAACACCUUUAUGUUCGCAGGACAUGACACUACCAAAGCAGUCUUGGGAUGGGCCAUAUAUAACCUUGGUAAAUAUCCAGAGGAACAGGAAAAACUGUAUAAGGAAGUAUGUGACGUCACAGGAAAUCGAAAGGAUAUAGAAUGGGAAGAUCUUCCUAAACUAUCCAAGAUGUCGAUGUUUUUGAAGGAGACUUUAAGGCUGUAUCCAGCAGUUGAGACAGUCACUCGAUCCCUAACAGGACCACUGGAAAUUGAGGGAGUUACUCUACCUGCCGGCACUUUGAUUGCUGUCAACAUUAUUGCCAUUCAUCUUCGGCCUGAUUUCUUCCCUAACCCAAAAGAGUUUCAACCAGAACGGUUUCUGCCAGAAAACACAGAAAACAGACAUCCGUUUGCCUACAUACCAUUCUCAGCAGGACCGAGGAAUUGUAUUGGAAAGAACUUUUCAACUAAUGAACAGAAAGUGUUGUUAUCUAGAAUACUUAAAAGGUUUAAAGUCGUGUUGGACAGAGAUCACAAAGUCAGUCCUGCUCCAUUAUUUAUAGUACAGUCCUGA